AUGACUGCUGCUGUGAGCGCGGCGUCACUCAGGGUCGUUGACCCCCUCGCUCAACAAAUCAAACAAGAUUUUGCGGUCAACGUUUCGGAAGUAGAUUUCAACGACACUGACAGGUUCCUCAUCCACUCGCCAUACACAGAUCCGGAGCACUUGCUGGACCUCGAGACUCUCAAUGAUGAGAAUGCCCUUCUUGCCAGGGCCUUGUCUCACUUGAAAUGCCUUCGCGAAGACUACGCCACAGCCGACUAUGUCGAAUCUUUCAACUGGGAGGAUGUCUUGGGCGAACUGAAAAAUCUUGUCCGAACAACAGGAAAAACUUUCAAGGAAACUUCCUUUUACAUCGUGGCCUUCCGAUCACAAAUUCCGCCCUCGACAGUCUACGGAGACCUUGGCAUUUUGGACAAAGCAGCACAUGCCGAGGCCAACCAAGUGGGUGGAUUUUUAAAAUACUGGUUCGGAAGUCCCGAUGCUGAAGGGCGAAACCUGGCGACAUGCGUCUGGAGGUCAAGACCAGAUGCCUCUAAGGCAGGCCAUGGUCCUGCUCAUCGCAGGGCAAGCCGUGCAACUGCAUCCAUGUAUUCUUUCUGGCGGAUUGAUCGACACCGAUUGGUCAUCCGCGAUGGUGCCGAGAGCUGGGAGAUCAUCGACUGGACGGACUAA